UAGGGACUCCUAAAGUAAAGAUUGAUGGAGGAACAAAAUAGAGUUAGCAUCGUCAGGAGCAUAGGCAGAAGUUUGAGUAGAGCAACUGGAAGUUUGGGAAUGGAGGAUGUGUUCUCCAUCGGUGGUGUUAAUAGUAGCCAUCAUGGCCGGAGCAGCCAACACUCUAUGGAAGACGAAGAGGCUUUGAGAUGGGCUGCUCUGGAGAAACUUUCCACCUACAAUCGUGUACGAACCACCAUCUUCAUGCCAUAUUAUAGUCCAGUGGAUUCACAAAACAUGCCAACGACUGAUAAGAUGUUGCUGGACGUACGUGAGCUAGAUAAGAAUGGUCAACAAGAGUUCAUCAACAAGGUCUUUAAGAUUGCUGAAGAAGAUAACGGAAGGUUCUUGAAAAAGUUCAAAGAUCGUGUGGAUAAGGUUGGCAUCUCUCUUCCAACAGUUGAAGUCCGGUUUCAAAACUUAACGAUAGAGGCAGAUUGCUACAUUGGUAACAGAGCACUUCCAUCACUGCCAAAUGCCGCUCGAAAUGCUAUAGAGUCGAUUUUAGGUUCUAUUGGGAUAAAUAUGUCUAAGAAAACUAAACUCACCAUUCUUAAAGAUGUAUCCGGAAUCAUCAAACCAUCAAGAAUGGGACUUCUGUUGGGGCCACCAUCUUCUGGGAAGACAACACUUUUGUUAGCUUUGGCUGGAAAGCUUGAUUCAAGCUUAAAGGUUGAUGGAGAGAUCACUUACAACGGUCAUAAGCUCACUGAAUUCAUACCUCAAAAAACAUCAGCCUUCAUCAGCCAGAACGAUGUUCAUGUUGGAGAAAUGACAGUCAAGGAAACUUUAGAUUUCUCAGCAAGGUGCCAAGGGGUCGGAUCCAGAUUAGAUAUGCUGACGGAGCUUGCAAGAAGAGAGAAGCAAGCAGGGAUUUUCCCUGAAGCUGAAGUUGACCUUUUCAUGAAGGCAACUGCCAUAGAAGGAGAUGCUAGCAGCUUAAUCACGUACUACACUCUUAGAAUAUUAGGCCUCGAUAUUUGCAGUGACACCUUUGUUGGUGAUGCUAUGAGGCGAGGAAUAUCUGGUGGACAGAAGAAGCGAGUUACCACAGGAGAAAUGCUUGUUGGGCCAGCAAAAACUCUUUUCAUGGAUGAGAUCUCAACAGGUCUAGACAGCUCAACUACAUUUCAGAUAGUGAAAUGUUUGCAGCAAAUUGCUCACCACACCGAGUCAACAAUCAUGAUGUCUCUACUACAGCCCGCUCCGGAGACCUUUGAUCUUUUUGAUGACGUCAUACUACUAUCAGAGGGGCAGAUUGUGUAUCAAGGACCACGCGAAAAUGCGCUUGAGUUCUUUGAGGGUUGCGGAUUCAGGUGUCCUGAGAGAAAAGGCACUGCUGACUUCUUGCAAGAGGUCACCUCCCGAAAGGAUCAAGAGCAAUAUUGGGCAGAUAGAAACAAACCAUACAGAUAUAUCCCAGUCAGUGAAUUUCAACAGUGUUUCAAGAGUUUCCAUGUGGGCGAGAGCUUAAAAAAUGAGUUGUCAAUCUCAUAUGACAAAACCCAAAGCCACAAAGCAGCCCUAGUCUUCAAGAAAUACUUGGUCUCCAAAAGAGAGAUGUUGAAGGCCUCAUGGAAUAAAGAAUGGCUAUUGUUAAAGCGCAACAGUUUUGUGUACAUUUUCAAAAGUACACAAUUCGUUAUUUUAGCUUUUAUUAGUAUGACCUUAUUUUUUAGAACCAGAAUGCACACCAGGAAUGAAGAUGAUGGUACAAUCUAUAUAGGGGCACUUUUGUUAAGCUUGCUCAUAAACAUGUUUGAUGGUCUAGCUGAAAUCUCCCUCACUAUAGCAAGAAUUCCUGUACUUUUUAAGCAAAGAGAUCUUCUGUUCCACCCACCAUGGGCUUAUACACUUCCAACAUUUUUGCUUCGUGUACCAAUAUGUUUUUUGCAGUGUGUUGCUUGGAUGGCCAUACUAUAUUACGGUGUUGAAUUCGCCCCUGAAGCUAGCAGGUUCUUUAAACACUUCCUUUUGGUGUUUGUGGUCCAAACUGUAGCAGGGGGGCUUUUUAGGCUGAUCGCUGGACUCUGUAGAACAAUGAACAUUGGGAACGCUGGUGGAAUCCUUGCACUUUUACUCGUAUUUCUUUUAGGCGGUUUUAUCCUUCCUAAAGCUCAGAUCCCUAAUUGGUGGGAAUGGGCGACUUGGCUAUCACCGGUUUCCUAUGGUUUUAAAGCAAUAACAAUAAACGAGUUCUAUGCUCCUAGGUGGAUGAACAGAAUGAGUUCGAAUAAUGUAACUAGAUUAGGGAUAGCAGUACUAAAAAGCAUGGAUAUUCCAACCCAAAAAAGCUGGUUCUGGAUUGGUAUUGCCUCUCUUCUUGGGUUUGCGAUUCUCUUCAAUGUCCUGUUCACUUUUUCUCUCAUGUACUUAGAGCCCCCUGGAAAACGACAAGCAAUCAUCUCCAAAGAAGAAGCCAUGGGGACAGUGCAGAACACAACAAGUCAGUCUGAGUCUUGUGAUUCUAAUGCUGUUGCUCACAAGACGCGAAGGAUUUUUCCGUUUACGCCACUUGCCAUGUCGUUUGAUAGCAUGAGCUAUUUCGUUGAUAUGCCCCAAGAAAUGAGAGAACAGGGUGUGGCAGAAAAUAGGUUGCAGUUACUUCGUGAAGUAACAGGUGCUUUUAGGCCCGGAGUCCUGACUGCAUUGAUGGGAGUCAGUGGUGCCGGUAAAACGACAUUGAUGGAUGUUUUAGCAGGAAGAAAGACAGGUGGUUAUAUUGAAGGAGUUAUAAAAGUAUCAGGUUUCCCAAAGAAACAGGAAACUUUUGCUAGAAUUUCUGGGUAUUGCGAGCAAACUGACAUCCACUCUCCCCAAGUCACUGUUCAUGAAUCAUUGAUUUACUCGGCUUGUCUUCGGCUCCCAAAAGAACUAACCAAUAAAGAGAAAAUGAUCUUUGUAGGUGAAGUGAUGGAGCUAGUUGAACUAGAAAGUAUUAAGGAUGCAAUAGUGGGACUUCCGGGGGUUACAGGUUUAUCAACAGAACAGAGGAAAAGACUAACAAUUGCAGUGGAGCUUGUUGCUAAUCCAUCAAUCAUCUUCAUGGAUGAACCGACUUCAGGGCUUGAUGCAAGGGCAGCAGCCAUUGUUAUGAGGACGGUGAGAAACACUGUCGACACAGGGAGAACAGUUGUUUGCACCAUCCAUCAACCCAGCAUUGAUAUAUUUGAAUCUUUUGAUGAGUUGUUGCUAAUGAAAAGAGGAGGACAGGUUAUUUAUGCAGGACCCUUGGGCCAAAAUUCUCAAAACAUCAUAGAUUAUUUUGAGGAAGUUCCUGGGAUUCCAAAGUUUGCUGAAAAAUACAAUCCAGCAACAUGGAUGUUGGAAGUUAGUUCAGGUGCUGCUGAGAUUCGCCUUGGCAUCGAUUUUGCUGAGUAUUACAGAUCAUCAUCCCUGUAUCAGAGGAACAAAGCAUUAGUAAUGGAGUUGAGCACACCACUUCCUGGAGCAACAGAUCUUCAUUUUGAAACACAACAUUGUCAAUCUUCAUGGGGACAAUUUAAGUCUUGUUUAUGGAAGAUGUGGAAGAGUUACUGGAGAAAUCCUGAUUAUAACCUUGUUCGCAAUUUCUAUACCUUGGCUGCUGCACUUAUGGUUGGAACAAUGUUUUGGAAGAUUGGCAAAAAAAGAGAGAACAACGGCAAUUUGACCACAAUCAUCGGGUCUAUGUAUAGUGCUGUAUUCUUUGUUGGUAUGAACAAUUGCCAGACAGUGCAGCCAGUAGUCGCCACAGAAAGAACAGUCUUUUAUCGAGAAAGGGCAGCUGGGAUGUACUCAUCAUUCCCAUACGCCAUGGCACAGGUGAUUGUAGAGAUACCAUAUGUGUUUGUCCAAGCGACAUAUUACACUCUGAUUGUGUACGCCAUGGUGUCGUUUGAAUGGAAAGCAGCCAAAUUUUUUUGGUUUUUUUUCGUCAUCUUCUUUUCAUUUCUUUAUUUCACAUACUACGGUAUGAUGACUGUUUCUAUCACACCAAACGAUCAAGUGGCAGCCAUAUUUGCAGCUUCAUUUUAUGCAGUGUUCAAUAUCUUUUCAGGUUUUUUCAUUCCUAGACCCAGAAUUCCAAAAUGGUGGGUGUGGUACUACUGGAUUUGUCCUUUGGCCUGGACCGUGUAUGGGUUCAUCGUUUCGCAGUACCAUGAUAUUGAAGACACAAUCACAGUACCUUGGAUGUCAUAUGACCCACCCAUGAAUUCCUAUAUCAAAGAUCAUUAUGGUUAUAGACUAGAUUUCAUGGGUCCGGUUGCUGCUGUUCUAAUCGGUUUUUGCUUCUUGUUUGCAUUCGUCUAUGCAUUAUGCUUAAGGAUAUUGAACUUCCAAAUGAGAUAAACAUUUAUAGAAGCCUAGUACCUCAUCACAUGUUCUAAUUAAA